CGCUGGAAAAACAUUAGUCAGGAAACACGUGUGUUAUGGUUCGUGGGCUAUCCUCGGAGGAGUUUAAAACAUGGCAAAUAAACGCCAAAAAGCCGGUUCUUCUGAGUUGCUCAUGUCAGCAAAAAAGCCGAGAUUAAAUGAAGAUGAGUUUAAUGGCACUGUUUUUAAAGCUAUGCUAAAGAAUCCCAGCAAAGCCUUUAAAGGUUUGGAAACCUUCAUAAAAACUGCAAAAAAACUCCCAUGCGACAACCUUUAUGAUGUGGUUGAGGGCUACAUAAAAAUCUCAGCUGAAUGUGCAGAAAUAGUGUCAUUACUUGACGGAGAUAACACUUCUGAGGCUGAGCUGAUGCUGAUAUUCCAGAGUUUAGAGCAAAUUCUGCUGCGGACAGCGAGUGAUCUUUCUCAUUUCCGCGUGGUUGGCUCCGCUGUUGUGAAGAAAACUGUCUCAGCAAAUAUGAAGCUGCUUAAAUCUUCUUUAUAUUCAGUGAAUUAUCAAUUUGUUCGGCAGUGCCUCUGCUUGCUGGCUGCGAUGGUAUCACAGGGUGCGGAUGCUGCAAGAGAGAUUUUCAGCAGUUUGGUCUUCAGCAAAACUCUCAGCAGUCUUGCUCGCCGCAGAGACAGUACUGGCCGGCCAGAUAUUCGCAUGGCGUACAUUCAGUUUGCACUCUCUUUUCUAAUGUAUGGAGACAGCUCGACUGUAGGACAUGUGGUGGACACCAGAGACUUUCUAACAGAUAUAUUUUGCACUGGACUGAAAGAAGACCGAAUAUCAAUUGUCAAUCUGAUUCUGUCUACGUUACAGACUAAACUUGUACAAAAUACAGCGAUUAGCAAAACGCAGAAAGUGCGUCUCUUCAAUGCUUCCACUCUAGCGCACAUCGCUUCUCUCUACAGAUGGAAUGGGAUUGUUGAUGUCACUACUGAUCAUAGCGAGGUUAUGGAUGAACAGGAAGGUGGUAGGGUCUUUGUGAGAGAGUUGGUUCAUAACUUUCUUCUUGACCUCUGCUGCUCUCGCAAACAUGGUAUCAGCUUCCAUGACCCAAGUCUGGGUACAUCUGGGAGGGCUGGGAACAUUGUCCUACUGCAGUUUGUUGUGAACCUUAAGCAAGCUACAGAGGAUGAACUUGUGGCUGAUCUGCUUGUCAGCAUUCUGAAGUGUAACCCUGAUAUUCUGACUCGAUACUUCCGAGAAACACAAUUCUCCUUUAUACCACGCAUGAAAGGAGCUUGGCUGGAUAGCAUUGCACUGCUGAAAAAAAUUUAUCAAGCACAGCCAGAGAUAUCCAUGGUAUUCCAUUUGAAAGAGAUGGUGCCUGCUUCCCACCUGCUCAGUAUGGUUCUAAUUACAUCUCUUCCUCCAGUCUGCAACAAGGCCUUCUUCAUUCAGGGUCUCAGUGUGCCCAGUGUGGUGGGCCAGCAUGCUACCCUGUCUGUGCUGGCCUUUAUCCUAAGGAGAGCUCAGAAGAAUAUGGAGCACUGUUUGAAGAAGUCAUGGGAAAGUUUUGAUGCACACAGUCCCACAGCUAUGGAGGAGUUUGUUCAGCUUUACAGAGAAGAACUGAGCAAGAUUUUACCAGAUGUUAUGUCUAUUGUGACAAAGUGGCAGUCACUGUCAAAGAAGGAGAGGGAACAAGAUGAUGUAAAAGCAGACUUAAUGGAAACUGAAGCAACAGAGACUACAGCUGAUAAACUUGCAGGUGAGAGAGAGCCAAAGCUGAUUGUAUUUAAGGCUCUGCUGCUGCAGGUGAUUUGUUUGUAUCAGAGAGUCGUUCCACAUCUCAUCAGUCAAUGCAAGUUUGACUUCAGCAAACUGCUUAAAGGCAUUGUCUCAGAGAAGGGAAUGAAGGAGGUUCCUCCUGUCUUGCAGUACCAGAUACUGCAAAUGUCACUGGAGCUGCCUCCCAGCAAGUUCUCCUGGUUCAAGCUUCAGGAUGUAGUGGAUCCAUGCCAGGCAAGAGGAGAACAGUCUGUCUUGUAUGUGUUGCUGAAGAUGUUUGUCAGCAGUAGCAGUUGUCACCUUAAGACCUCAACCAGGAAGCUCAUCCUCAAGGUGCUGAGAGACAGUGGUAUAUUUGAACACACCUGGAGAGAGCUGGAACUGUGGCUGGAUCACCUUCUUUGUUUGAAGCAGUCACAACAGGAGACGGUCAUCCAGUUUUUAGAUCAGGUUCUGAUGAGGGUAGUGUCUGACCCUUUUGUCUACAUGGACAAAAUUGCAGCUAUGGUUCAGCAUACUGUGUGUGGGCAGGACAGAGAUACAGACAGUAUCCCCAUAUCACACAUUGAUGAUGAUCAAGUUAUAUGUAAUGUGGUCAUGGAGAGCAGUGGAAAGGACAAUGAAGAGAUAGGGCUGUUCCCCACUGAUGACAUCAUCCUUCAGGCAUUCCCUUUCAGUGUUGUUGUACCAGCAGUGCUAGAGGCUAGGAACACACAACUAGUAAAGUUCAGAGAUGAGAAAGGUGUGGUAUGUGAGUACAUAUGUGCAGUUCUGUGUGACAUCCUUCACUGUCAGAGGGAUCCACUAGCUCUGUGUCUGACGCUCCAUCACUAUGAUAUGAAACUUCUCUCAGCUGAGAAUUCAUCACAUUAUUUGUGUCUUACUGCCUUCAUUCAAUACUACUAUAAAUGGCUUCCUCAUCCACUACAGGAGACACAGUUCAGCCUCACACAGUGCACUGCUGCUCCACCUGCUUUGGGCUUUGAUUCAUUCUUGAAGGCGUGCUACAAUGAAGGAUCUCACAGCUUUCUCACUGACUCAUUUAGGCAGGCCCUGGAGAAUUCUUUAUGUACUUUACACCUGUCCCAGUUCACCAGGGCUGUCAAUCAGACUCUGCUUUACCUCAGAUCCUUUGUGGAUACCUUCAGCUCGCUUCCCAAAGGCCAGGCAGUUGAGGUAGUAAGCUGUUUGCUGGAGGUGCUACAUGCUCUGCUCCUCAAAGUCCAGAGCAUGGCAGAGACUCAGCCCACACAGCCUGAGCCUCAGGAACAAGAAGAGCUUCAUCUGGAGAUGAACUCUAUAGUUGACCAGGAAUUCAACAUAGAACAGGCUUUGGUUGAGGUGUUCCAGUCAGUGUUCAAGCACCCGGUUCUGGAACAGUGGUUCCUGGCAGUGGAGCUGGGUCUGGUGCCACACCUCUCACUGGAGCCAGGGCGAGUGGAGCAACUCUGUGGCUGCCUGACAGAGGGUGUGCUCCUGCUGCUGCAGUCCUGUGCUAAGACCCUUGGAGAACUCCGUGUCCCGGAGCUAAUCAGUCAUUAUAUGUCAGCCACACAGCAUACCCUGCUCAAAGAGAUACAGCAUAUCAACAACAGGUGCUUAACAAAGGAGACCCCACCUGUCAAAGCCUUCCUGGCUCUGCAUGAAUACAUGGAACCGUCCAGCGUGAAGACGUUAUUGUCUGCCCUGUUACUGCUGCCCCAGAGCAGCCUUCUAGCUGAGAGUGACAAGCUAAGUGUAUAUGGCCAGGCCAUACUGAAAGUCCUUACAAAUGCCUCCGCUCACACUUCAUCAAGAAACAGAAGCCCCCGUCUGACUCAGGCACAUUUGCAUAGUCUAGCUAUUCUGUACAUGUCCUGCCACAGUGUUCCACUGGAAGAUUUUCUGCUGCAGGUGCUACGUAGAGAGCCAGACAGUGCUAAACUCACCCCUACUGAUGUCUUACUCUGCUGCCUCAAGCAGAAUUCUCGUUUUGACCUGGCAGCUGUGCUGGUGCAGAAUUGCUCCACGCACUGCCUGAGCUUUGAGCUCUGGUGCCUAGAACAAACCAGCUUCAUAGAGAUCGCUGCUCAGAACAGUAGCUUUCUCUUCUUGCUGACCAACUACCUAGAACAAGCUGCCACUGAAGAUCCCUGCCGGCCUAAAAACGUUCAAAAAGCAGUCCUGCAGAUGUUCACCCAGUCUUUGCUGCCUGAGUUAUCGAGCGCUGUGCUACACCCAGAGGCUGGCAUGUCUCUGAACCAGCAUGUGGAGGUCCUUUCAAGGCUUAUCGGUCUGGGAGAUAUGACUCCUGAGCUGAACCAGCUGAUAAAUGACUUACCUGCAGUUCUUCAUAAACCAGAAAUUUAUGAAAGGUGGCAGCUAGCAGACUCCAUUACGGAGAAGCUGGCCAAUACACAGGAGCUGCUGCACUGGAAAAAAUCUUUGCUUACUGCUACCCUCCGCUGCUUGUCGACAACUUACAAAGAGCAAAAGAAGCCACAAGUUACAACAGAGAAAGCUAUGCUACAGAGACUAAAAACCUUGUUGAUUUCUCCAGAGGAUAUUGAACAGUCAGACUGGAAUUCAUUUGUCAAGUCUGGUCUAAAGUAUCGCUACCAAGAUGGAAUGUUUCUUGAUGCCCUGAACUCAUUGUUGGAGCUGAUGUACACAAAUGUAAAAGCUGCUCAGGGGCUAAUACCCCUAGUAACCAUUAACAUGAUGGCCACUAGUCACUCGCUCUUCCUGCCCACAAUGCUGGCCUCCCAAGAUGAAGCAGACGGUAGUUCUGAAUCUAAGGGGGGACUGGUAUCUCUCCUACUUACCUUGGUGAAAAAAUGCCCUGAAAUCUGUAGCAGCCAUCAUUUUAUUGUUCUUCUUGGUGCAUAUGAAGCUACGCUUAGUAACACGGAUCAGAAACUUCUGCUGCUGAUGAAAGAAUAUGAAAAUCGUGAUGUUGGUAUAGCAGAUGUUCAGUGCAUGCUAUGGGGUGCUACAGCAGUGGAGUACCAUAAAGCACGGAAGAGCCUAGGUCCAUCAUUGUGGCAACAACCUACCUCUGAGCAGCUUUUGGCCCAGCUGGCUACAGAUAGGAUGCUGAAAACUGUGGCACUCUUCCCACUACACCGCCACCUUUUCUCCCAGGAGGCUGAAGAAUUGAUAUUCACAGAGGAGAGAGAGGGCUUUCCAGAUCAAUUGUGUCCUUAUGACCCUUGCUUCCUCCUUCCUCUGUUCAGCUUUAUCCUCCGCCCAGAGUCUGUUGUCGACUGUCAAAAGUUUGUGUCCAGUCAUGCUUUAGGUGUCACUGUAGUGGCCCUUAGUAGCUAUGAUCACAACAUGAGGGCUGCAGCCUACCAUAUACUUGGCUCCUUCUACCAGCAUCUGGAGGCUUCCUGCUUCAGAGAAAAGAAACAGUUGCUGUACCUGUUGGAAACUGUCAGGAAUGGGGUUCACAAAAGCAAUAUCAGGGUCUCAUUUAUGCAUGCCACCUAUAUCACCAAAAUGGUUCAGCAGAUUCUAAGACCUGAGGAGCACAUGUACCUGGUGAUAAAUAGGUUUCUUUUGAGAACCCAGUAUGUGGAUCUCAGGAGGGUUCCUGAAUUCUUCAAACUGUUCUAUAGCUUUGAUUUAGAGCACAAACUAGAGCGAGAGUGGGUGCUGAAGGUGUUGGAAGAGGGUAUGAGAGAUCGGCUGUCCUAUGAAUUAUGUGAACAGCAAAGCAUCUACCACACACUCCUUGGCUUCUGCAGCAGCCCUCUCGUUGAUCAGCAUGUGCAGAUUCAGAUUAUCGAUGUACUUAGGAAGACUGCACUUGUCACCAACGCAUCUUGUGGCCUCACCCAUGCUCAUGGAGUCUUAACAUGGACAGUACAGAUUAUAGAAAAGAAUAGUUGUGUUGAUGGCAGACUGCUCAACGCAGUGAUAGGACUGCUCAGUGCUCUGUGGUUCACCAACAUGGGCCAAAAGGAGAGCAAGAUGCAGUGGAGCAGUUCAGCAGAGAAGCAACAACAUAGUUUGGGCAAAUGGCUACCUCUGCCAAUCAUCAAUGACUUCCUGACUGCCCUACUCUCAGUCAUUAGGCAUCUAAGGAAUGGAGUGAAAGCACAUGAAAUGCUGUGCUUUCUGAAGAUUCUGGCAUCUGUGCUGAGGCAUCGUGGCACAAUUGAGCAUGAUCCGAGGGAUGCCAGAUGUCUAGCAAUGCACCCCCAGGAGCUCUCCUGUUCUGCAGUACUCACCUUGCUUCAGUGCUGGGGAACACUGUCCCAGGAUACCACUUUACUUUGUGUACUUCAAAACCUAGCCAACAAACACAACAUUAAAGCACUGCUUGGUAAUGUUAAAGAGAAAGUGAAAGGGAAUGUUUCUUCAGAGUUCCCUCAAUCCUGUAUGGAGAAACUCAGUGCGAUGGCAGAUGAAGAUAAAGAGAAACAUGAGCAGUGUUUGGUGGAAUGCAAACCCCUCCUCACAAGUGUUCUCACACACUGGGAACCAUGGCCUCUCCUACCCAACAGCCCUGGCCUUAAACCUAAGCCUUCAGCUCUGACUCCACCCAACAGCCCUGACCUUCAUAGUGGAGACAUGCCUGACUGCACCAAUCUUAUCAAUGCAACUGCACACAUACUCCUCAAAUGGGUCUUAAAAGCAUUGUCUGAGCAAUCAUAUGAUAAUAGCACCUAUGAAACUCUGAAAUGGUUUCAACAAGUUAUAGUGCCCCAUAAAGUGAUUGCAAAGUCUUUGCUAAAUGAUGAAGAUAUGAGAAGUGACCUCUUAGCACUGUACCACCAGACUUGUGAAUACAGAAUGCAGAAGCACUGCAACUCCAAAUUAGAGACACUUCAGCUUUUUACCACAAUUAUGGUGCACUUGCUUGAGGAAGAAGGAACUUCUAAUGUUCUUCACACAACUGUUUUAAAAGCAUGUUUGCACCCAACUAAUGAUGAGGGUGCCAAAAAAGAGGCCAGGUUGAAGUUAUUAUCCUUGUACAUCCAUGAGCUCUUGAGCAGAGCAAAAGUGCCUCAGAUGUUCCUGACCCAUGCCCGACUAGUAACAAGACACAGAAAAAAGACACAGAAAAAAUCCAGAGCACCUAUUAUGCAGAUUUGUGAAGAUGUUCUUUCGACAGUGGACAUGACCAUGUAAUCAUGAAUCAAAAAUCUUUUGAAGACCUUAUUUUACAUUUUACUUUGGAAGAACCCAUUUUAACAAAGAAAAUUAUAAAUGUGAUGUUCAACAUGCAUGUCAAUGUUGUUGUAUAAUAAUGCAUAGCCAGAGGAUAAUCACAUGUAGACUGAUUGAUUUUUUUUCUUUUCUUCAAUGUUAAAAAAAGUACUGUCCCUA